AUGGCUCAGCAAACUUCCCUUGCGUCCAACGAUCCUCCUACCAACAAUCCCCCCGACAUCGUCAAAGAGGCCAUGUCUUCUCCCUCGCUUGACAACUCGUCCAACGUUGCCGCUGCCGACAAGCCUACCGACGUCGUCAUGUCCUCUAUCUCAGUCGACAACUUGACUAACGCUGUCGCCGCUGACAAGCCUACCGACACCGUCGUGGAAACCGUGUCUUCCACUGCGGCUGGUCACUCAUCUAACAUCGUCACCGCCAAUAGCCCCUCCGACAUCGUCAUUAAUACCAUGUCCUCUUCCUCGGUUGACGAGUCGUCGAACGUGGUCGCUGCCAAUGAGCAAUCUGACGCGGUCAUGAAUACCAUGUCUUCCCCCGCCGUUGAGAUCUCGUCCAACAUCGCCACCCUAGACAGCCUUGCAAAUACGGUCAUCUCGAACAUGCCUUCUCCCUCAGUUGGCAACUCUUCCGACAUCGACAUCACCGACAACCGUUCUGACGCCUACAUCGAGAUCAAUUCCUCUCCGUCGACUGGCAACUUGUCCGACUCAGCUACCGCCAACAACCUUGUCGAUGCUGUCGUCUCGGUUGUGUCUUCUCCCUCCGUUGCCAACUCCUCCGACAUUGCUAUCGCCGGCGACUCUCCUGAUGCGGUCAUCGAGAUUAUGUCUUCCCCUUCGGUUGACAGCUCCUCCAACGUUGCAAUCGCCGACAACGCCUCCGACGCCGUCAUUGAGAUCACGUCUUCCCCCUUGGCUGCCGACAUCCCGUCUGACACCACCCCCAGCGCUACCAGUCUCCAUCGCCUUCCGCUUGCAGUCCGUUCGGUCAUCUAG